AUGGGAAGUGGACUCUCCAAUAAUCAAAUCAAUAACUUUAGGUAUCCUCUAUUUUUAUAUUGUCUAGAAUGCUUUCUCUAUUUUAAGAGAAGUCUUUAGAAAUUGAUAAAGUAAAAGCUGACUAAAGUGAAUACAACAAUAAAUUAGAGGAUACAACCAUGGUGUCACAAAAGAAUAAACUCAAGUUAUAAACUAAUCUCAUUGAAAUGAUUCGUCAUUUACCUAAAAAACUUAAUGCAACUCCAAUGCGUGUUAGUGGAGUUAUUUCUAAAUCACCUACUAUAAAGAAACCAUUUAUUGAAUAUGCUUAAACAAAUUUAAUACAUCUUGUUCGAUCAACCUAAAAGAUGGAAGUCUCUAUAUAUUCAAUAUUUCUAGAAAGCUGAACUCUCUAUGGAAAAAUAUCUCAAUGUUAAAGAAUCAUAAAUCUUGAGUUCAUAAAGACUUAAACCUCGUAAAUCUUUAGCUGUUCAAAAUACUCUUGAAGUUGUCUAAACUUCACGUCUUGAAAAAAGCAUUAAUGUUGAAGGAAUGGCUUAAAUUAAUUAAUACACUGUUAUUGAAUCAUUAGGAUAAGGAGCAUUUGGAAAAGUUAAAAAAGCUUAGAAUUUUAAAGGAGAUAUAUUUGUAUAACUUAUUCAACUAUUUUCUAGGCUAUUAAAAUAGCAAACAAAAAAAAACUUAAAAAGAAACUUUUAUCUAAAUCCAAUGCGUAUACUAUGUUAGAAAGAGAAAUUGCUAUUAUGAAAAAAGUAUUAAUUCUUAUAAUAUAUUUUUAUCAUAGAUCUCUCAUGUUAAUGUUGUUUAAUUAUUUGAAGUCAUUGAUGAUCCAAAAUAAGAUAAAUUGUAUCUAGUCAUGGAAUUCAUGGGAAAAGGUAGUAUUCUUAGUAAAGGAUUUUUUAAAAAGAAUUAAAAAACAUCUAAUAUUUUGGAUGAAAUUGAUGAAAAAAAUAUCAAUUAUAAGUUAAAUGAAGAAUAAUGUAGACAUUACUUUAGUGAUUUCAUUAAAGGAUUAGAUUAUUGUAUUUUCAAUUUCAUUUUAUUAAGUACAUGAAUGCGUUAAUGUUAUACAUAGAGAUAUCAAACCUGAAAAUUUAUUAGUCAAUUCUUAAGAUCAAUUAAAAAUCGCAGAUUUUGGAGUAUCUCAUAUUAUGGAAGAUGGUUAAGAUGGAAGAAUAUCCAAUUAAACUGGAACUCAAGCUUACUUAGCCCCAGAAGUUUUCAAAGGUAUUAGAUAAUCAUUAUUUAGGAUAAAAUUUUGAUGGAAAACCAGUUGAUAUAUGGGCUGGAGGAGUUACUUUAUAUUAAAUGGUUUAUGGGAGAUUACCUUUUCCAAGUUAAAAAUCUCUAGAAUUAAGAUAAUAAAUUUUAGAAGACAAGUAAACUAAACUAUUAUUAUUUAAAAGUCCUCCCUAUCCUUAACCAACAGGAUUUCAUCCAUCAAUUCUUAAAUUGCUUUAAGGAAUGUUAGAAAAAAAUCCUGAAAAAAGAUAUAAAAUAGAUUAAAUUAUUUUAGAUGAUUGGUUGACUGAUUUUGGUAAAUAACCUUUAUAAAAUGAAUAUAUUCAAUAUGUUGAUGUCACUGAAAUGGAUAUCAAAUUUGCAUUAACUAGUCUAAAUAUAUAGAUGGCACUUAAAAUUGUGGUUAAACUUUUAUAUUUAUCAAAAAAAGCCAAAAAAAAAAUUGCUUUGA